CACCUGUCAGCUAGUGUAGCACCGUGGCUGGGCGAGCAGCAUCAGGCAUGAAUCAGGUGAUCGUGUUCUUGGUAAUGGCCAUGGGAACCCACACCCUCAAUUUUCGGAUCCAGAAGGACUGCACCCACUGGCCUAACUGCUGUCCCAGCAAAAGGCAGGACCCCACUCAUGAGUGGCUGAAGCGGGACACUGUCCUCAAGUUCCCCGGAGAGACCACUAGCCUCACCCACCACGCAGAAUCCUGCAAAGCCAGUGAAGACGGACCACUCAACAGCAGGUCUAUCUCCCCCUGGAGUUAUGAGUUGGACAGGGACUUGAACCGGCUCCCCCAGGACCUGUACCACGCCCGUUGCCUGUGUCCACACUGUGUCAGCCUACAGACGGGCUCCCACAUGGACCCCCUGGGCAACUCGGAGUUGCUCUACCACAACCAGACCGUCUUCUACCGGCGGCCGUGCCCUGGAGAGCAGGGUGCCCCUGAUGGUUACUGUUUGGAACAAAGACUCUACCGUGUCUCCCUGGCUUGUGUGUGUGUGCGGCCCCGAGUGAUGGCCUAGUCAUGCUGCCCAUGCCUGGUUCCUGGUUGGAACACUGGACCUGGGUGUGCAACCACCUGCCCUGGUGAACCAGGAUGCCCGAAUGUUCAGCCCCUCCAAAGCACUACCUGGAGCAGCAGUGUCAUUGGACAGAAUGGUGGAUUGGAGGGAGUCGCUCAUUUCACUUUUUGGAGUGGAUGGGAAAUGCAGGGUGAAAGCAACAGAAUUUCUUACGGCCAAUGGAAGAGGACAUCCUGGCAUUUCCUCUUGGGAAAGGUCUUUAAGGCUCUACCCGUUUCUGGAGGCCACCACCCCAUCUCUUCCCUUUCUCCCAUCCCCAGCUACCUGGCACAGCACAAGCACUUUCUUGCUACUUUCCCCUUUGCUGAUGGAGAGCCCCUCAUUUCAUUUGUAUGUUCAUCUGUCCAGCCAUCCAUCCAUCCAUCCACCCAUCCACCCACUCAUCCAUCCAACCCUCGGUGAGCAUCUACUCUGCACAUACCUUGAUGCAAUUACUAGGCUCUGAGAAAGAGGCUGUUAUUGAGCUUGGAGAGAUUUGUCCAAAUAAAUAAUCUGUAUUUA